AAAAAUAUGAAACUGCCUUGCUAUGCGUUGAUCGUAUGUUGCGCCGCCCUGUCUAUUCUUACUGUCUUUGCUGCAUGGGAAAUGCUUUAUCAUCAAAGCUUAGUAAUACCUCCGGUAUUGAUAGAUGUUUUCCCGCUGUGGAAGCAACGCAUCACACUCUAUAAAGGAGAGUUUCGUCAAAAGUAUCAAAUGCUGGAUGGUUUUAUUUUGCAUCGCCAUAACAGACCUUCUCCACAAACGCAAAAAAAGGUGCAAAUCUCUUCUAAUGGUUCUAAAAAGUAUCUGAAUGAUGAUGAUGAUAAAUCAAUCAAACAGAGGCGUGUUAAAGAAAUGGAGAGCGAAAAAAUUUUUCCUUCUCGCUUCGGCAGUUACAUUUAUUCAAAUGAUGCAUCACAUGGUUUGCCAACUAGUCCAAAAAUUGUUUGUUACUACACCACUCCGAUGUUGAAUGCAUUUAACAAAAGUUUAACAAAUCAUCAUCAAAAGUUUCGGCAUAUUUUACUUCCGGAAUUCAUUGAUCCUUAUCUUUGUACGCACUUAAAUAUCGGAAUAAUUGGAAUCGUCAAUAGUACACUGUAUAUGGACAAAAACAUUCGUGAAGCUCUUGAACGCAUAAAAGGACUUAAGAAGGCUAAUCCAAUCUUAAAAAUUCUUCUAUGGGUUGGUGGAGCGCGUGUUGGCGGGUUUUCUACCAUGGUCAAGGAUCAUACCAGCCGGAAAUCAUUCAUCCAGUCGCUUAAAAUGACUCUUGAACAAUACCAUAUGGAUGGAGUAGAUCUAGAUUGGGAGUUUCCUGGAACGGACGGAAAAACUCGUGUGCAUUUUUCGCAAUUAUUGCACGAAAUCAGACGUGAGUAUCAACGUGAACAUCGAACAUACAUACUAAGUGUAGCGGUAGCCCCACAGGAAACCAUCGCUUAUUUGGCGUAUGACGUUGCAGAGAUCAACAAUUAUGCAGAUUACGUAAACCUGAUGUCCUAUGAUUAUCAUUUUUAUUCGUCAGAGCUGCCCCAAACAGGACUGAAUGCUCCAUUAUUUCGUCGCGAGCAUGAACGAUCACUUCUUGGUACAUUGAAUAUUAACGAGUCGGUUCAUUACUGGUUGGCUGCAGGAUUGGAUAGAAGCAAGCUUGUUGUAGGACUACCCACUUACGGGCAUUCGUUUUCUUUGCUAAACCCAUUCAAUACACGCAUCGGUGCUCCGACAAACAACUUCGGUCGUGUUGGAACCCUGGGAUUCGCUUCUUAUUCUGAAAUUUGUUGGUUUCGUCGUUGUAAUAUUUAUGCUCAUCGAGUUUAUGAUAUUCCGAGUUGUUCGCCAUAUUUGUAUGCUGGUUCUGAAUGGAUUUCUUACGACGACGAACAAAGCCUUGCAUGUAAGGCAACAUUUAUUAAAUCGCAGGGAUUUGGAGGUGCAAUGAUAUUUUCGCUUAACACUGAUGACUUUGGCGCUUUUUGUGAAGAUGCUACGGUUUAUCUAGGUAAACCCACUGACGCAUUGCAAGAUGUUGGAACAUCGACAACUUUUCCUCUUCUACGUACAAUCCGUUCAAUACUGUUAGGUGAUGUAAAAUUUGCCGAAGCUCAUAGGACCAUGGAGAAGGGGCUAGGGUUAAAAGCGGGGAAAAUGCUGGUUUAAAAAAAACUUUUCAAAUUAGCUAUAGCUGUAAUAGACCAUACGUGUAGUUGAUGAUACGAGUAAAAAAUAAAAUUCAAUUCGGAAAACAAUGUAUAUAAUCCCUCGUCCGGCAUUGAUUGGUUU